CGUCAAUGUUGGACGAAUUUUAUGGAACAUCUGAGCUGCCCCAAAACCUUGCAGAUACUUCCACAUUUUUCAUGCCGACCGAGCUGUCAACCAAUCAUCAAAAUUUUGUUUCUGAAUACUCUGUGACGCCCGGUGCAAAUAUGCAAACUCUUACCGAAGAGAAGCUGUCGUCUUCAUUUUUACCUACUUCACCGGAAAUUACUACUUUUGGCACUGAACUGGUAGACAUGGAAAACAACCGUGUAUCACCUACGACCAGCCUCUUCUUGGAGGAUUUCCAGUCAAAUGUAACAUCCGGGGAAACUCUUUCUUCUCCCAUUUCUUUUGAUAUGUUAGUCUCUUCUAGUGGUUCAUUCGAACAAACCCUGACCCCUUUGCAAACGAGUCCUUUAGUAGUAAUGACCGAUUCACUUACAACUGCAUCAUUGCUGAAUGUUGACACCUCAGACAACGAAGAUUUCGUUUCUUUUGGCUCAUCUACUUCAGAUUCUUUAAGUGAAUUUCAGCUACUGGGGGCAGAUUUUACGACGCCUGAUGUAGUAAUUGAUGUUUCGACCGCUGCACCAAUUUCCGAAAACGAAGGCUCUGCCGAAAACUCGAUCCUAACUGUAGAAGACGAAGGAAGUGGAACAGGAACUCCAGGCUUUUUAAAUGAUACUGCCCAACCGACUCAAACUACCAUCCCUGAAAUUGAUUUGACGACGAAUGGACCAUUUUCUUCGCCAGCUGUCAGCAUCUGGGAAACGUUUCACACGGAUGGAACAGUCGCGUCUAGUGUUGAAAGUACGUCAGCAAGGGGAGUGUCAGACAAUCUGAUCGGGCAAGAACUUGCAAAUGAUUCAUUUGCAUCUAUGGGUUUUUCUGAAACUACUAAUCUCAGUCCGUUGAUUAGUUCUUCUUCUGAAAUGUCGAUCGCCUCCACACCAACAACUGUCGACAUUUUAUCUACUGAGACUCCAUCGAGUCAGAUGCCUAUUGAUGUCACAACUUCUGCUGGAUCACAGUCGACAGUAGAGUCAACAACGUCUCUGCCAUCUCUUGUGCCGAAUGUUCUACAUCUUUCCAGUCAAAGUCCGAUCUUCGAUGUGGUGACUGUAUCAUUAAAGCCCCCAUCAGCUUAUAACAUGAUUGCUAGUUCGACAGGAGUAUGGAACAACACUUCAUCAGAGAGCCCACCUUUCGGUUCUAGUGGUCCAUCGAAAGAUUCACUCUCUUCGUCACCUACCUUUACAACGGAAAUCAAUACACCUAGCAUUUCAACGUAUCCCGUCAAUUCGUUUCCCGUUUCCCAGGAAUCGGUCACAUUAGAUGAAUUUCCACCUUCUUCAACAACUUCUCGUUCAGCAUCGCUGCCUUCCUUUUCUUCGUCUACUAUGGCAGUGUCAACGACCUCCCCUGAUACGGUGCCUUCGUCUUCAACGAACUCUGCAAUCGUGACGUCUAUCUCUCCAACUGCUUCAGACAUUCCGACAUCAACAACUGUUCCUCCUAUCAUAAACCUAUGGAAUUUAUUAAUCGCAAGGAUAACCACAGCCAAUGGAAUCCCCUUUUUAACAAAAAAUGUCACGUCGAUCUCUUCGAUUUCUGAUGGCAUCACUUCCGGUUCACAUAACGAAGAGCUUAAAGGUUCCUCAACAUCUUCAAUGCCCAGCCCAACAGAAAAUUCUACGUUUGUAACCCGUCCGUUUUGGUUGGUAACUCGUCCCAGCGGCGAUUCACCUCUUGUAUUAUCGACCGGCCAAACGUUUUCGAAAGAAAGCAUGCCGACACCUGUUGCUAUUUCUCGCACAACGACACCUACCGCCGAACCUUCCGUGCAGACGUCCACGAUGGACUCUUCUACUCACUCCGUUGCAGAUCUUAUUUUGACUCUUCCGGUUUGGUUACAAAGUAAUAUCACGAAUCCGUCAAAGUUAACGACCACACGACUGUCCAGCCCAAAAACAUCGUCCACAGAAGCACUUCACGACGUCACUUCUGAAUCGACAACAUCAACGACGCCUCUGCCAACAACUUCGUCUUCGCUGAAUUUUUUAACGAAUUUAAUCGUCAACGGCCAUCCAUACAUUAAGAAUUGUACAGAACAUGUAGUGCAUUCGUCCUCUUCCAUCUCUUCUGUAACCAACAACGUCACUAACAAAAUCAUCUUCCAAAUGAACAUGACAGCUGACAUGGGAAAUCAGCUGAAUUCUUCGUUUCAUCUCGAGAAGUGGUCAGAAGCGCUGAAUCAGUUUCUCAGUUUCUCACAUCUGAAAACUCAGCGGGAAGAAAUCCAAUCAUCAGCCAUUUGUGAAGCCGCUGGAGAUUCAAUACUUCUUAAAUCUUUACUCUGUUCCAACCAAUCACUUUCAACCAAAGGAGAGCGUUUCCCCAAUCUUAUGCAACUCAUUAGACACUUAGCGCCUUCAAUUAUUGCUAACUUGACAACAGCUAUGAAUGUAACAGAAAUUCAGAACUCUGUCAACGUAACUGAGUUCGAAAUUAACCAAACUAGCACUGAAUCGACCAUCCCCAUACCCACGGAAAGUACCACAAUGUCAACUCUUCUGAUGCAGCGCUUUACAGAAUCUUUCCUUCUAAACUUGUCAACAUCUGCCUUUAAUAACGUACCUGUAUCUCCUUUACCGACAGUGUUAAACAUUAGUUUAGAAUCUCUGAUGGAAAAUCUAACAGAACAGUUGAAAGAUACUCAACUGACUGAUGUCAUAUCAGCAGUCAACCGCCUCAGCCAAAACAUCUCUGAAGGCUUCCUGGAAAGUCUUAUUCAGAACAAUAAUUCGAACAGUGACGUGUUUUUCAGUCAACCCAUUAAAUUUGAAAGUGUAAAGGAAGAUGUAAUUACCACCCAAGAACACACGUCGACAUCGUCAACAAUGAUUCCUACUACAGAAGUACACGAUGUCCUGCAAAAAGAUUUUUGGAAGAUAAACAAGCGAAAUCCCAUCAAAAAGCUACAGCGUGUUGCAGAUGCGGGUCGUGUCAUCCCACCAUCUUUUGGCCUGUCAUGGCGGGGCACGAUGAAACCCGUCUCGAGUAUUUUCCGUUUUUUCGCCAAACCUGCAGUUGGUCGUCUGUAGGUUUGUUGGGGUUUUCAGCGCCAAGUACUAAUAUAUUAAUUAGACUCAUGUGUACGUUUUUCGAUUUAUAUUUUCCUUUCUUUUGUUUCCUUAUUUUUCAUCUUGCAAAUCAGAAUUUUUGUUUUGACUAUUGUCUGAUGCAUUAAAAUCAAAAGCGAAGAAUUUUA